AUGGGCCCCUGUACCGCCUCCUCAUGCUGCUGCCAGGCCCGUAAUCUGCCAUGGGCCCCAGUACCGCCUCCUCAUGCUGCUGCCAGGCCCGUAAUCUGCCAUGGGCCCCAGUACCGCCUCCUCAUGCUGCUGCCAGGUCCACAGUCUCUCAUGGGUCCCUGUAUGGCCUCCCAUUGCUGCUGUCUCCAUCGCCACACUCUGCCAUGUGCCACUUUCAGGUCUCCUCACACUGCUGGUGGGUUCCAUUUUUGUCAUAGGGUGCUGUAUGGCCUCCCAUUGCUGCUGCCUCCACCGCCACACUGUGGCUCCACACUCUGGUUUUGGCCCCGUGACUGCCCAAAUGAGUGAAGUGUGCGGUGAUUCUAAGAUCGACGGCACUCAUCUGCAUGUCAUACUGACUGACAGUAUUAUUUCUCUUCCCCAGCAGACUCCAAGGGCAUUUAAAUUAAAGGUACAGUGUUCUGCACUAAUAUAA